AUGUCUUCGACCGCCGGCACAACCACCCCGGCGUCGCCGUCCGGAGAGAAUAAAAAGACAAAAGUCGCCCUGACAGGCACGCAAGAGACCCUGCUCGGCACACUCUCGGCCAAGGCCACCGACGCCGUCAGCCCGUCUUCGAUCCUCAAGGACAAGUGGGCCGCGGAGCUGCUGACAAAGGUCGACUACGACUUCAGCCGGCUCGGGGUCAACAACUGGCUGCAGGCCUGGUGCGUCAUCCGCAGCAGGAACCUCGACCGGUGGGCGAGCGAGUUCUUCGACCUGCACGCCCACAGCCCCGAGGGCGCGACGGUCCUCCACCUCGGGUGCGGGCUGGACUCGCGCGCCCUCCGGCUGCAGAGGUACUUUGGCCGCAUGAAGCUGCGGUGGGUCGACGUCGACCUGCCCGACGUCAUAUCGCUGCGUGGGCAGCUGGCGGCGGCCCCCGACGUCGACAGCCACGGCCAGAGCAGCUACGAGCUCCUGGCCGCGUCCGUGACCGAGCCGGAUUGGUUUCGGCACAUACCGGCGAACCGGCCCACCUUGAUCUUGUUCGAGGGGCUGAGCAUGUACCUGGCCGAGGAGGACGCGCGGGACAUGAUACGACGGCUGGUUGGCCACUUCGCCCAGGGACAGCUGAUAUUCGACGCCGUGAACUCCUUCUUCGUGGCCUCUCAGCGCUGGGUCGCCCCGAUCGCCAAGUCGGGGAGUACCCUGAAGUGGUACGUCGAUCGGCCCCUCGCGAUCGAGUCCUGGGCCGACGGGCUGUCGCUGAGGGACGAGGUGUUCUUGACCAGCCGGCCGGAGAUUAAAGAGUGUUCAUGGAAGAUUCGGUUACAGUUUGGGCUGGCUGCCAGCUUGCCCGUAAUCCAUCAGUACUCUAGAGAAUUGAGGUAUAGCUUCUAA